AUGUUGAAGAUGACCUCCAAGCUUGCGCCGGAGCCCUUUGUGCGCGCUCGAGGGCUGCGGAUACCCACCGCAUGGUUCUUUACCCGCGUGCGCGACGGUGGAAUAUUCGAAAGCUCACUCCUAUGGCUCGGCGCACAGUUCAGGAUCAAGGAAGCCGCUGCGGGCAAGGUAACCUUCGAGCUUGACAUUAAGAAGCAGCACACGAACCGCCUGGGCACCCUCCAUGGUGGCUGCAUCGCGAGCAUGGUCGACCUUGGCGGCUCCCUCGCCGUCGCAUCCAUGGGAAGGUUCUCUACUGGCGUUUCUACGGAUAUCAACGUUUCCUACCUCAGUGUUUCCGGGCGCGUAGGCGACACCGUCACUGGCACGGCCACUUGCGAGAAGAUCGGGAAGACCCUGGCCUACACGAUGGUACAGUUCUGGAAUUCCAAGGGUGAGCUGGCCGCGAGGGGCAGCCAUACCAAAUAUGUCAACGGCACUGUCACGCCAGAGAAGCCUGAAUACGUUGCGCCAAAUGAGUUCGUCGAGGACGGAGAGAAGAACGGCUCGGCAUAG